AUGUUUUUUGGAUUCAUUCUAAACUUUUUUUAUUCUUUAACUUUUUUAGCUCUUUUCUCAAGCACUCGUGUUACCGCCGACAUUGAAUUAGAUGAAGAAAUUGUAAAGGAAAAUAUUGGAAAAAUAAAGACAGGCUUGAAGACGGAUGACGAGGUAGUUCAAAGGGAAGAGGAAGCUAUCAAAUUGGAUGGCUUCUCUAUUGCUGAAAGUAAAGGGUUUAAAGCUCUUGCAGAAAAGCAUUAUUUUCAAGCAGAAGUGAGCCGAAUGAUGAAUCUGAUUAUAAACUCUCUGUACAAGAAUAAGGAAAUCUUCCUUCGCGAGCUAAUAUCUAACGCUUCAGAUGCAUUGGACAAAAUUCGUUUAUUGUCAUUGACAGAUCCACAUGUUCUCUCUGCAACUGAUGAACUCGUAAUACGUAUUAAGGCAGAUCCAGAAAACCACCUGCUACACGUAAUUGAUACUGGAAUCGGAAUGACGGAGACGGAUCUUAUAAAUAAUCUAGGCACGAUUGCACGUUCUGGAACGGCAGAGUUCGUCUCAAAAAUAUUAGAUUCGUCGCUUCCAUCUGAGCAACAGCAGGAUAUGAUUGGACAAUUUGGUGUAGGCUUCUACUCGACCUAUCUUGUGGCUGAUCGUGUUGUUGUAAUUUCCAAGCAUAACGAUGACGUUCAGUACAUAUGGAAAUCUGACAGCUCAUCAUAUGAUAUUGCAAAAGAUCCUCGAGGUACGACUCUCAAACGUGGUACACAAGUUACACUUCACCUUAAAGAGGAAGCAUAUGAUUUUCUUGAACCUGAUACGCUAAAACGACUGGUUGAAAAAUACAGUCAGUUCAUCAAUUACAGCAUUCUUUUGUGGCAAUCCAAGACUGAGACAGUCGAAGAACCUGUAGAAGAAGAAAUUAAAGAAGUGUCGGAAGGCAAAACUGAUGAUGCUGAUGGAAAGGUUGAAGAUGAAAAAACAGAGCCAAAAACUAAAAAAGUUGAGAAGACAACCUGGGAUUGGAAAGAAGUGAAUAAUGUUAAGCCGAUAUGGAUGAGGAAAAGUGAUGAUGUGGAACCUGAAGAAUAUGAUCGCUUUUAUAAAGCUAUUGCUAAGGAUACCGAAAAUCCACUUGCACACGUGCACUUCGUCGCAGAAGGAGAAGUUGGAUUCAAAUCGAUUUUAUACGUUCCAAGACGUAGUCCGUUUGACAUGUUUCAAAAUUAUGGAAAGGGAACAGAUAGUAUCAAGCUCUAUGUUCGCCGUGUAUUCAUUACUGAUGAUUUUCACGAUAUGAUGCCGAAGUACCUGUCAUUUGUUCGUGGUAUAGUAGAUUCAGAUGAUUUGCCUCUAAACGUUUCUCGUGAAACCCUUCAGCAACACAAGCUUUUAAAGGCAUCUUUGUUUCAGGUUAUCAAGAAAAAACUCGUGAGAAAAGUAUUGGAUAUGAUUAAGAAAAUGAAACCUUCUGAUUUUGAAGACUUUUGGAAGGAAUAUAGCACAAAUAUCAAGUUAGGCAUUAUGGAAGACCCAUCAAAUAGAACACGCCUAUCAAAAUUACUGCUUUUCCAUUCUUCAAAUAGUAAAAAUAAGAUGACUUCACUUGCCGAUUAUGUAAGUCGAAUGAAAGAUAAACAAGAAAUGAUCUUUUACGUUGCUGGAAGUUCACGAGAAGAGGUGGAAUCUUCACCUUUUGUCGAGCGUUUACUCAAGAAGGGAUACGAGGUGUUGUAUUUAGUGGAGGCAGUUGACGAGUAUGCUAUUCAAGCUAUGCCAGAGUUUGAUGGAAAGAAAUUCCAGAAUGUUGCCAAAGAAGGGCUGAAAAUUGAUGACGAUGAAAAGAGUAAAGAAAUAGAGGAGAAAUUAGAAAAGCAGUUUGAACCACUGACGACAUGGCUCAAAGAAGUUCCUCUUAAGGAUAAAAUUGAGAAAGCCGUUAUUUCUCAGCGUUUAAUAAAGUCACCUUGUGCACUGAUUGCAUCAUCCUAUGGAUGGUCUGGUAAUAUGGAGCGAAUCAUGAGAUCUCAACCGCAUUCUAAAUCAUAUGAUCCAACUCAGGAGUUUUAUGCAAAUCAGAAGAAAAUAUUUGAAAUAAACCCUCGACAUCCAGUGAUUAAAGAGUUACUUCGCCGUGUGGAAUUUGGAGAUAAUGAUAAAAGGGCUUCUGAAACAGCGUUACUAUUGUUUGAAACAGCCACGUUGCGAUCUGGUUACAUUCUGAACGAUCAAGCUGCAUUUGCUGAACGUGUAGAGCAAGUUCUUCGGCGUACAAUGAAUGUUUCGGCUGAUGAACCUGUUGAAGAAGAACCUGAAGUUGACGAGGAAAACGAAGAUGAGAAAAUUAACGAAGAUAAAACAGAAGUUGAAGAAGAAGAUCACUCAGAGUUAUAA